UUGCGGAAGAGAAAAUUUGCUCGAACACCUGAAAUUAUGUGGCCAGUGUGCUCAUAUGGUUGACACACAAACUCGUGUGCAUUUACGCAAUGACACUCUAUUUUUCUUAGAUGUUAUCCCAAGAGAGGAGACUUGGACAAGUUUUCUAAAACCAAGGCACGGGUGUUGUGGGGUGUGGGUUUUCAGCCUAGCGGGGGACAAUUUUGACCUAGCGGUGGUCGGAACAUUGUAAUCAUGAGUACGAGUUCUGCCACGGGUCGUCGGCGUUCUGCCACCCGACAGUAUUCGGCAGAGGAACAAGCUCUCAAUCAAAUCUCAAAAGAAGCUGAGUCACGUCUUGCAGCCAAACGAGCUGCACGAGCCGAAGCAAGGGAUAUCAGAAUCAAGGAGAUAGAGAGACAACAAAGAGAGGAAGAAGAACGACAGAGGAGGCAAGAAGAAGAUGGUCAGUCAGCUUACUUGUACAGUAGAUGGAAUCGAGAUAACUUGUCGGGGCGGCGAGGAAGUGAUGAUUCUAGUCACUCUACAUCAACAAUUGAUGACAUGGAGGGACCCAGGGAGAUGAAAGAUAUUGCCCGAGAGCUAAAGGGUAAAUUACGAGAGAUGGAGGAAAAAUACAAAAAGGCUAUGAUGACCAAUGCCUUAUUAGACAACGAGAAACAGUCUCUGGUUUACAAGGCAGAGCUCCUCAAAGAUCAGAUGGAGGAACUGGAGGAGACACUGGUGGAAAUACAACGGGAGGCUAAACAGAAAACUAGGGAGGUAGAAAUGCAAAAAAGGGAUUUGAAAACUUUAGAAUUUGAACAUAAUAAUUUAAAAGUACAACUAGAAGUUAAAGACAGACUUAUACAGGAGAGUGGUCUUGUGAUAUUAUCAUCGGGGGAGGGUACAUACACCUUAGAAAAGUGUACAUCUGUACCCGACACAACACCUGUCCCAGCUUUAGGAAGUCUACUUAUAUCCGUAGAGGCUGCGGACAUUUUAGACAAAGCUGGAGAUGGGUCACUAGAUGAUAAAAUAAAAAAGUUUGCUGAAGAAAGGAAUGCAUUAACUAAAGAGAUUAAAAAAUUACAAAUUGAAGUUGAUGAAGAAAAAUCUAAAAGAGAACAUUCUUCACCAAAAGUUCCACAAAUUAAUGGUCCCGAGAUGCAGUUGUAUGAAGUCCAAAGGGAGGCUAGUAAACAGAUACAUGAAUAUAAAUUAAAACUACAAAAGGCAGAACAAGAUAUAACAAAUCUAGAAGGAACUGUGACUAGGUUAGAUUCACAAGUAAAGCGGUAUAAAACUGAUGCUGAAGAAUCAGAGAAAUUAGAAGAUGAACUUAAAACAGAGAAACGGAAGUUACAAAGAGAGUUACGAGAGGCACAAAAUCAUGUUGAAGAAUUAACCAAUUCCAAUAAACACAUGCAGAAAAGACUGGAAAAAAUGAAACAAGCUCGUAAUGCUUUAGUGAAUCAAUGAGAGAUUUCACAAGGACACCUUGACACAAAGUUUGGUGAAAGAGUUUAGCCUGGCUUAUGUGUGAUUCCUUUGUGCAGACUCCAAUAUGAACCGAGUCAAUAGUGCUUCAUUCUAUUUUAGGACAACAUCAGGCAUUCUGAUGAUAUAAUAGGAAGAUUUUGUGAUGUUUACAAAUUUUGGCUGAGUUCUGCUUCAGACUAAGGUAUCAUUCACCUACAGAAGUAGCCAUCAUUUUCUUCUCUCCUUGCUAACUGUACAGAGUUUGCCUCUAACAUCAUCAUGCAAUGCCUCCUUUUAUUAUGGCAGUCUGUUGAAACUUUCUAGGAUCCAUUGUAAUAUAAUUUCACGUUUGACUUAAUAAUCUUCAUCAUAUCGUUAAUUUGAACAAUGGAAAUGUCUGUCAUAAUCGAAGGGUUUUACUACGUUAUUAUGCAUUGCAAUAAGCUGGAGAUGACUUUUUGAAUGGCUGUGUAACAAAUCGCAGAUAUGUGGAUGUAUUUACGCUGAUUUUCUCAGUGAAUAGAGAUAAUUGUACAAUUUCCCUAGGACUGUUUCAACAGAUUGAUACUUAACUGAUGGAUGGCAGACCAAAGUUAUUCAUAAUCAGUGGUUUUCGUCAGUAAUAAUGAAUUCAUUUUGAAACUGAUGUUUAAUAUUAAUUGAUUUGUCAAUACACACCCUACCAUUCAUAUUUAUGACUGUGUUCACUAUUUUGUGCUGGUGUAAAUCAUUGUCAUAACAUUAUCUUCUGUUCAUUGAUUCAUGUUGCUUUAUAAACUGCUGUCAGCUGGUGAUGUGUCAUUUACACCAAAAAUAAGUCUUCCAAUAUUGUAACUAUUCAGUUUCAGACAAAGUUCAUGUUUUGUGCCAUUAAUAAUCAGUUUAAGUUUUCAGAACAUCAACUAUGGAUUUCAAUGUAUUUUGAAAAUGAAAAUGAUAUAGGUGUGAAUUUGGAUUUAUUAAAUUAAUUUCACAUUUCCAAAGUAAUUCAAGAGUGUAAAUUUUAAUUACCUGAGAAUUCAUUCCUAUCCACAACAUCUACAAACAUACUGAAACAAGUUCAUACAGAUAACAUCACUAAAGUCUCCGUAGUAUUUUCUACUUCACAUGGAAUCCUAUAAAUAGUGUGGUAUCGUGACAUAAAAUCUUGACAUUAUGUAGGGAAAACCUUCUGUAAAGGUUGUUAUUUUGAAUAAAGGAUUUUCUUUUCAAUAAUUUUGACGAUUACAUAAGAUGUAAGAAUAGAUACACUGAGAAAUUAUUUAUAUAUAUGGAGAAAAUUAAUAUUAUUUUAAGUCCAGUAUAUUAAAUUCUGUAAAAAAUAAAUGUAGUAAAAUCAUGAGAAUAAUUUGAACCAUUAAAAACAACCUUUACUGUAAGUGAUGUUUUCUCUCUGAAAAUUCUUACAUACAAACCAUCAACAAGUAGUGUUUAAUGAAACAAUCUGUACCAUGGUAGUUGAAAAGGGAAAAGAAAGAAAAACAUUGUAGAGUUUACUGUGAAUAGGAGAUCUGUAUUUGUUGCAGUAUCAUAGUUUGGUAUUGUCUGUUUGGAAACAAAAAUCACUGAUUAAGUUCGCUUUUCUUGACAUCUGCUGUUUAAAGUUGACGUUUUUAUAAACUCAAGCAAUAAUUACUUUAAUCACAAAUUCAUGUUAUGUGAUGAUAUUUACAGAAUGGCUCAACUAUUGAACACAGAAUAUGUUAUUUGAAUAUUUAUUUAUUCAUUAAGUAGAUAAUUCUGCAAAUAUUUUAUCAUCAGAUUUCAUAAUUGAUAUUUUCAUAUUGUACUGCAAACAAAUUUACUUGACCUAUAACCAGUUUAUGGAAAAUGCCAAUUUCAUCUUACAUGGUCACAAAGUUUAUUACGUGAAUUCUUAUAUCAAAUCAGUAAGAUCGUUUGUAUCAGUUUUUACACAUCACUCAUUUCUGUCAAAAACAUUAACAUUGUUCUUCGUUCGUAAACUUUUGUUUGCCUGGGAUCUCCUACAAAUUUCUUCCAGACUUGGUGGGUGUUAUCACUAUAACAUGUAGUUGUAUAUUCCUAAACAGCCUUUUGAUUCUGUUGUUAAAGAGUUUCUCACCUAGUCCAGUUUAGACACUUUUCAGUUUUCAAUCAAUCUCUUUUCAAACAUUGCAGGCUUUAUCACUAUGUCAUGAAAUGAUCUUUUCCUGCACAGCUAUUUGAUUAAAAAAAAAAAUCCGAAAGAGUUACUUCCCUUUAUUAAGGUCUUUAAUUUCAUUAGUCUUCUGUUGUACAGAGAUUUCUUCUCUCUUUUGACCGAUCAGUUGAAAACUUGAUAUGCAUUGUCGGCUAAACAUAUAUUGUUUUUCAAUGCAUUUUGGAGAUUUAUUGCCCUUUGUUCCUUUCAGCUUCUUUUUCUUGACUGGAGAUAAUCUCCCUCAUUUGUAAACCACUUUCUUUAAACUUGUCAGGCUUUAUUGUAAUGACAUGAAGUUUUGUUUUCCUAGCGACAUUUUGAUAGACAGUAAUUAUUUAACUUCCAUCUUUGUGUACAUAUUGAUACAACAGUAUACUUCCUUCGGCAUAGGACAGAUGUUUCACCCUGGUGUAAUCUCGUAGGAUAUUUCACCCUUGUGUAAUCUCGCAGGAUGUUUCACCCUGGUGUAAUCUCGCAGGAUGUUUCACCCUGGUGUAAUCUCGCAGGAUGUUUCACCCUGGUGUAAUCUCGCAGGAUGUUUCACCCUGGUGUAAUCUCGCAGGAUGUUUCACCCUGGUGUAAUCUCGUAGGUAAAUGGAUUCUGUCAAAAUCAAAUGGAUAACCUUCAAUAAAAGAAAGUCAUUAUGAAGUGAUUUUGUUAAAAUCUUGCAGAAUUUUAUGAGUUUUUGUAUGAAAUGAUGUCUACUAUAUGGCAAUACUAGAGGUUUGUUUCUAUGGUAAGAUUAGUAUGUAAACCGAGUGAUGUACUCAUUUUGUCUCAUGUUGUAUAUAACACAGUGGUUAUCAGGAGCGUUCCUCCGACACUACAAAGAUUCUCCUUACUGAUCCACUUCAGUGUUGAUAUGUUUCAAGAUUUCAAAGAAAUUAAUUCAAGAGAGAAAAUCAAUAUCUGUGUAUAUAAACACAUAAGAACGUCACAUAUAUGUAGGAAUACUUCUACAAAAACUACUUAUUGAUAUCAGUGGUUGAUUUAAGAAUGUAGCAAAUCAUAUACAGAUGUAACAUCUUUAUAAACAAUACAAAAUCUAGAAUAUACAAUAUUUUUGGAGAUAUCGUAAUGACAUAUAAACAAAUUAUUACCUGUAUACAAACGUUUAUUUUCACUGUGGUGUAUUAUUCAAGAUGACCAUAAAUGCAUCACCAUUGCAUCAAACAUCAGAUUAUUGAACCAUCUAUAUUGUUCCCUUCCGCCCUAUAUACAAUUAUACAUGUAUAUAUAUAUGUAUUAACUUGAUUGGUACAAAUAAUAUAUGUUCAUACUGACAGUAGAUUACGUGUGAUUGGCAUCCAACCAUGAUAUAUGUAUAAACAUUCAGUCUUAAAUUUUAAUAUCAUUCCUCAUAUUAAUUGCAUUUAUAGAUUUAAAGAAUGUAUGUUGUGAGUUUAUAUUGGGUAUAGCAGCACUAAUUAACAUGAAUUACCUGUAGUUAAGCAUUACAUCAAGUAAAAUGGCAUAAUUGUUCUUUCCAAAAUUUCGAAAAAUGAAAAAAAUUGCUCGGACGACAAUAUGGAUAAGACUUUUUGAAUAAAGAGCAUUUUAUAGAAAAUAUUUCAAUUUCCUUGUGGUUAUGAUGACUUCAAGAGUGAGACAGAGUGACUAUAAUGGGUGGCUAUCUGUAAAUACAUGACAUGGUUAAUUACAAGGGUUUUAUUCAAAACAACAUGUGGACUGCUUUGUUUUUUCUACAAUGGAUAGCAUUAAAUAAACGAGUACAUGUAUAAGUUAAUCUUGCUGGAGAUGAUGUAGAUUAGAUCCUCUACAUCAAGUUUACAGAGUUUACUGCAUGAUCGAAUGAUAGUGUUUAAUUCUGUCACACUUGUAGAUUAGACUUGUGAUACCACGAAUGUUCAUAAGAAUGAGGUUUCUUAAGAUAUAUUUAUUUUGUCUUUUUAAAGUCUUUGUUAAUAUGUUUCAUUAAUGAUAUGGCAAAGCUAUGUGGAAUGAGUGGAGUAUUCUCUGGUGGACUGCAAAAAAUCUUAUUUCAUAGGUGAAAAAAUAAUGAUAAAUAAGGAGUAGGCCUGUAAAUGUAUCAUUUCUUUAAUCGGACGAGGUGUUCAGAAUUACUAACCAUUCAAAGGGUUUUGGGUUGUUGGUUGUUUUGUCCACAAUACUGCUAUCCACCAUUAGUGCAAAGCAUUAGAGAGAAUUUCCCCUUCCAUGUCACAAUGUUAUGACCGAUAUAUACAUAUUAUUCUCACUUUUGAAAUUAACCUGCUGAAUUUGUGACCCAGAUUAUCUAUGGUCAUAUAACCAGUUUGAAUUUGUCAAGAAGUAGAAUGUUCAUAAUCUUAUAAUCUAAGGGCUCCGAUUGAAGCAAUUUCCUUCACAUGUAGGCAUCAUCACCAAUGUUAACAACUCUGUCUACCAUGUAUUGGGGAAUUGUCACUAAAUGAGCUGAAUAUUAAAUUCAUCCCAAUAAUUUCUAAUUAUCUUAAAGAAUUGAGCUUUUACUUGAGUUUGUGAAAAACUUUCUUUGGUAUGCAGUUCUUCUCAGUGCAUUUUCUGACUAUUUUCACAGAUGGUACUGACAAGUCUCUUGUUAACUGUAUGUACUGUGAAGCCCAAAAUGAGAAUUUUUUAUUCAAAUUGUGUUGUAAGUACAUUUUCAAAAAAAAAAAAGAAAGAAAAGAUAGAAAAAAUCUAUUUGAAAAUCUUAGAGUUAAGGAAUAUUUUAUGAAAGGAGACUAAAGAUUUCCGAAAUGUCAAACAAAAGCUGACCCUCUGUAGAAUAUUACUGUCAACUGAUAGAAUGUUGGAUCUCACGAGUGUUACGUUUACCUAUUUAUAAUCACAUAUCAUAUGUAGUGUAUAGAGAAUAUGUUAUGUAGGAGUGAAUGGUUGAUGUGUAGUGUGUAUUACAUGGUAGACUUUUCUUUUUGUGAAUGAAAUUUGAACAAUGUUGUUACAUAAAGAAUAUGUUAAUGAUAACAGAACCGUGUAUGUCACAGAUUUUGUGGAAGUAUCGACUGGAUUAGAAUCAAAAUUUCUUGAUUAACAUUUUUGUAUCAAAGUUUUGUGGAAAAUCAGUUUUGAAGUGAUGCCAUCAUAAUGUUUAUUUUAAUUUUUUAUGAUAUUUAGAGUAAGCUUUUUUAAAAAAUUGAAAUUUCUGUCAUGGACAUAAUUCUAUUUUAAGACUAUUGAGGGGAUGUUGCAUUUCUGUAUUAAAUCAUCCAGCAUUAUGGGCUUUUAAACAUCUCAGAUUUUGUUUUAUGGGUUGAUGUUUAAAAUUGCAAAGCUUCUCAUAGCAUGUUAAAAAAAAAAGAUGCAAAAUAUCAUCUCAAGUUUCUCAUAGCAUAAAAAAAAAUAAAAAUUUUCAUCCAAAGUUUCUCAUAGCAACAUAAAUGUGCACUACAGCUGUUAGUUUCCUUCAGCUAUACAAAAUCAAACUCAAAAAUGUGAAAUUCUUAUUAUGUGCAUGUUGGUAUUUUGUGUUUUCCUUAUUGGUGUAUCAAUAUUUUACAGCUAGCAUUUUAGCCCUUUAUAUUUGUGAUAUUAUAGAAAUAUGAUGGAAUGGUGUGGUGAAUUGAUUGUGAGAUUUGGAGUGCAUUUUCCCCCCUUUCAAUAAUAUUUGGAGAUUAUUCCAAGUCUUCCAUAUGCUGUUUCACAUUCACUAGGACAUAACCAUAGGUACACAUCUUAACUUUUUUAGAAAUAAUAAAUAUUGUACCAAUAUCUGCUUCUCUUUUCGAACAACUUAACUAUUUGUGGUUAUUUUUGAAGUUUCAGAAGGAGAUGUAUUUCAAAUGAUUUACAAUAUCAUAUUAAAUGUUUUUCAUUGCUCAAUUUGGAAUGGUGGAUGAUCCUUGUGUAUAAGAAAAUAGACAGGCAAGGGGCAUUCAGUAACCAUUUGAAGCGUUUUAGUUCAUGUCUCUAUUGUGGAAGUCAUUCUUAAGAGGUGUUGAAUGUAUACCCAUAAUGUGCAAUAGCUCCACUUUCAGUGGUGAUCAAGUCUUGUCAUGUUAACAUUAAUUAACUGCAAAUAACCAUUGUAACACAAACUUUCGUCUUUGCCUAGAUUGUUAUAGUGGAAGUUACACACACUUUUGUUUUCUUCUUGUAGCCAAAUUCACAGACUAGGGUUAUAUGUAAUUUGAGAGAUUAAAGAAACGGGAAAUUAUUUGAUGGAUACAUGUUAUAGAAUGGUAUUUAAAUAUAACUUAAAAAAUACUAAUAUAAUGCAUAAGUUUUAACCAUAGCAGUAAAAUAGUUAAUUUGAUAGCCACUCAAUAUAAUGGACACUGUCUAGAUCAACAAUAGACACUCUGUAUAUCAUGAAGAAAAUAAAUAAUUUCAUCAAGAUAUAGGGUUUGGCUGAAUAACCGAUUGAUACUGAUGUGAUUUAAUUUUUUUUCUAAAAAAAUCAUUGUUUUGAGGGAAGUGAGGCCAAUUAAACCAUGUAAUGCCCUAACAUUUUUCCAUCUGAUGUCAUUUCUAGCUUGUACAAAAACAGUAUCAAAGAAUUUUUUUUUAAAAUUAGUCGAUAUUUAAAUCUGUGUUAGAUUAAGAUUUUUUUUAACAAUUAUUUUUACCCAUCUGUAAGUUUGUAAGUCAUUCCCUUGAAUAUUAUGACACCUUAUAGCUGUACUGAACUAAUUGUGGCUAUUAGAGAGUGUUUUCUCCUCCAUGUUUCAGCUUGACUAGAGUUUUAUUUCAUUUGGUUCUUAUCUUAAGACACCAGCUCACCAAAUUUGACUUGCUCUGUUAGUUUGUUAAGGAGAUAGAGGUACCUUACUGAAUUUUAGUCAAUUUAGAGAAGGUGAGAGCAUUACGCAUGUAAAUUAUUUUUGCUCAGAUAAAUGUGCUUACAUUUUACAUGCAGCCAUAUAAAAAUCACAUUUUCCUUUGUUUAUAAAUUGUACAUGCAUUUGCAAAACAUGAGCUAAAGUUUUCUGCACUGCCUUUUUACUAGCAAUAGUCAAGAAUGAUCCUAAUUUUGUAUCUUUUAGCUCUAAUGAACAGACACAGAUGUCAUACUUUGAUAUGAUAUUGGUCAAUGGUACUUGAUAAAUUUAUAUGCUCAAAUUUCAAUUAUAUAAGUUCCACAUAUGCUUUUUGUACUUUCAGUUUGAAGAUAGAUAAUUUAUGUUGGGUAAUCGGAAUAAAUACAAAGGUAAUAUUGUUUAUCUUUCUUCACAUUGAUAAAAUCUUUAGUCACAAAAUGAAAUACUUAAGUUUCCAAUAACAUUAUGAUAAUGCAGUGUAAAGAAGCUAUAUUAACUACAGUUAUAGAUAGCAGGAAAACAUGUUUGUCUUUGUUUAAGAAUCCAUUGUACACCUUAGGAAUUCACCAAUACAUUGUACGGUUCAAACACCUCAGAAUGCCAUUAACUGACUCAAUAUGACCUUUUUACCUGAAAGGAAGUGAAAUAAGCACCUAUUGGUACCACAUACUUACCACAAAUUGAAGCCUGUUACUCUGCUUUAAUCAGCUGUUGUGUGUCAUCAGCAUUAGCUUUUGAUGAUUACCAUAUUAUUGGCUAAUGAUAAUCGUAAUGAAUUAAUGGAUUUCAUAUUCAUUUUUAACAAAAGAAAUUUUGCUUGGAUAUCAUAUUGCUUUUUUUAUGGACAGAAAAAAAAUCUGCUUAAUAUUUGUGAAAGACUGAGAAGAAAAAUAAUCAGUAUAUACCCCGGCAUUCCUAAAAAUCCCAUAUCCCUAAUGGUUUUAUAUGUAUAUAUACAAUUUUAUGUAUGACGUUUGAGGGAGAGUUAUUGCCCUUUGUUGCCAGUGAAGUUAGCUGUAUAAUUGUAUUGAUAGUAAUCUGUGUUUUAAACACAGUAUUUGUGUAUACAUGGUUUUUUUUUUGUCGCUCUCUUUAUUAUUUAAGAAUUCCAAUCUGAAUAAUAUUAAAGUUUGUAAAACAUGCUGUUGGUUUCACAUUUUUUUUUUCAUUUGUCAAAUUAAUGGCUUGAUGACCAAAUUUAGUUCCCCUUUAGUCCUUGAUUGAAAGAGAAGGGUCUAGGGAGAUUUUUUGUGGUAAUUUCAUGUUUUGUAAUAUCUUAAAUGUCGAGAGAAGGAUUUCUUGGCAGUUUUGCCAGGAUUAACAUGUUCGAGAAAUAGGGAAGCAAUUUUCAAGUUCAGUUAAGAAUUAAAUCCUGUUGGCUUGUUUCCAAGGAUAUAUGUUCAGUAUCCUUAUCACAAAACGAUGUGAUAUUAGAGACACAUAUUUAAGGAAUAUGACAGUUUUUGAGAUUUAUUGAAUUUGUUAUGGAUGGGGGUGAUCUCAAAACCUUAUGUAAUAUAAGCCUGCAUUUGAGAUUACCUCUGUAAUCGAAAUGAAAGAUGUGAUCUCAAAAUGAAUGAAAGUGUUGGACGGCUUUGAGAUGUUCCCCUUCUGUACCUGCGUGUGUGACAGUAACAUGUACUGAUGGGGAAUGAACCUGAUGUGUAAAGGAGCAUGCAAAUUGUGCAAUGCAUGAUUAAAGUAAAACAUGUUUUACAAAA